GAGCCUGUGUCUGGGUCCAGCACCGCUGCUCCCAGCCGGGUGUCCCCGGAGCCGCAGACUUGGCGGGUCUCGCCGACCCACUCACUUCGUGUCCCCCGUUCAGUUGUCCACCCGCCGUACACCCAAGUCACUGAAAUCUGACGCCUUGGAGUCACUCUGAGCGCCUCUUCCCGUGCGCGCACAACAGGUAUCCAGGCUGUCAAGAUGCCAGGGCCAAGACCUCGGAAGGGCCCUCCGGCCAGUGGCCAGGGUGUGGCAGCUGCCAAGCAGCUCGGGCUCUUUGUGGAGUUCGGCCCUGAGGACAUGCUGCUGGGGGUGGAGGAGACUGAAGACGAUGGGGACCUGGAGGCUGAGCUGCUGGCUCUCACCGGGGAAGCAGGGACCACAGGCAGGAAGCCAGCGCCCAGGGGGCAGGCCCCUCUGCCUAUGGCCCACAUUGAGAAGUUGGCGGCGGACUGCAUGCGGGAUGUGGAAGAAGAAGAAGAGGAGGAAGGGCUGGAGGAGGAUGCAGACUUGCUGACAGAGCUGCAGGAGGUCCUGGGUACAGAUGAGGAGGCUGGGGCCCUGGAUGGUGAUGAGACAGCCAGCCUGGGUGGCCCUGAGGAGGAGAAGGAAGAAGAAAACAUUGAACCUCCGGUGCAGGCAGCUCUUUUGACAGCCCCAGUCCCAGCAGCUCAGGCUGGAGGGCCCCAGGGGCUGCAGGCCCUGCUGGAGGAUCGGAUCCGCAACUACCGGGAGGCUGCAGCCAGUGCUAAGGAGGCAGGCGAAGCGGCCAAAGCCAGGCGCUGUGAGCGCGGCCUGAAGACACUGGAGUCCCAGCUGGCUGCUGUGAAGAAAGGCAGGAAGAUCAGUGAGGAUGAGAUCCCGCCUCCAGUGGCCUUGGGCAGGAGGCCCUUGGCCCCCCAGGAAACAACCGAUAGGAGCCCUGAAGCAGAACCUCCAGCUGCCCCCUCUGUGGAGCCAGACAACCCCUCCCAGCCUGAGACAAGCCUCUUGGGCAGCCCUGGUAUUUCUGCCCCACCCGACUCAGACCCAGACCCACGGGCCCUGCUGUUGGCCCGACAGAGAGAGUACAAAGUGGCUGCUCUGAAUGCCAAGCGGGCUGGAGACCUAGACCGUGCCCGAGAACUCAUGAGGGUUGGGAAGAGAUUUGGUGCUGUCCUGGAGGCCCUGGAGAAGGGGCAGCCUGUGGACCUGAGUGCCAUGCCCCCGGCACCGGAGGACCUGAAGCCCCUUCCACAGGCUUCCCAGGCCCCCACAGCGCCCUCAGAUUCACCCCUGGCAGUGGAGCGAAUGCACCCAGUGAUGGCCUCUGACAUCCCAGCAGCCCCGGUGGCCCCUGCUGAGCCACAGACAGUGCUGGAUGCCCUGCAGCAGAGGCUGAACAAGUACCGCGAGGCAGGCACCCACGCUCGGGGCAGUGGGGAUGAGCGCAAGGCCCGGAUGCAUGAGCGCAUUGCCAAGCAAUAUCAAGAUGCCAUUCGGGCCCACCAGGCAGGGCGGAAGGUUGACUUUGCCGAGUUGCCUGUUCCUCCAGGAUUCCCCCCUAUACCUGGCCUGGAGCCCACCGUGGCUACUGAGGAGGAUAUGAUGACAGCUACUUUAGCAACUGCCCAGAAACUGGCCUCCUCAGAGGAUACAGCCCCAGUAGAGGAAGAGGAGGAUGAGGACAAGCCUCCUGGGCGCCUGCAGGAUGAGCCCCCAGCCCAGGCCCCAGUGGCCAAGAAGCCAGCACAGCCUGUCAUCCCUUCAUCGCGGCCCCUGCCUGAGCCCAAGGCCUCGAGUUCUAAGGAGGUGCUGAGUCCAUCUGCACGAGAGCAGCUGACCCUGCUGGAGGCACGGAAACUGCAGUACCAGCGGGCAGCCCUGCAGGCCAAGCGUGGCCGGGACCUGGAGCAGGCCAAAGCCCAUCUGCGGGUGGCCAAAUCCCUCGAGGCUCAGAUCACCCAGGUGCGAGCUGGCCGCCCCGUGGACCUCUCCAAGGUACCUUCACCCUUAACGGAUGAGGAGGGUGACUUCAUCCUGAUCCACCAUGAGGACCUGCGACUCUCUCAGAAGGCUGAGGAGGUGUAUGCCCAGCUACAGAAAAUGCUUCUGGAGCAACAUGAGAAGUGUCUGCUGUUCUCCAAGCAGUUCAUGCACCAGGGCAAUGUGGCUGAGACCACCCGGUUUGAGAAGCUUGCUCAAGACCGCAAGAAGCAGCUUGAGAUCCUGCAGCUGGCCCAGGCUCAAGGCCUCGACCCUCCUAGCCACCACUUUGAGUUGAAAACAUUCCAGACUGUGAGGAUCUUUGCAGAACUCAACAGCACAGAAAUGCAUCUGAUUGUUGUCCGGGGAAUGAACCUCCCAGCCCCUCCAGGGGUGACCCCUGACGACUUGGAUGCUUUUGUGCGGUUUGAGUUCCACUACCCUAAUUCGGACCAGGCUCAAAAAAACAAAACAGCUGUGGUGAAAAACACAAACUCUCCAGAAUUUGAUCAACUCUUCAAACUAAAUAUCAACCGAAACCACCGGGGCUUCAGGAGAGUGAUUCAAAACAAAGGAAUCAAGUUUGAAAUCUUCCACAAAGGAUCCUUCUUCAGAAGUGACAAGCUGGUUGGCACAGCCCACCUGAAACUGGAGCGGCUGGAGAAUGAGUGUGAAAUCAGAGAGAUUGUGGAGGUCCUGGAUGGAAGGAAGCCCACUGGGGGCAAGCUGGAGGUGAAGGUGAGGCUGCGGGAGCCUCUGAGUGGCCAAGACGUGCAGAUGGUCACCGAGAACUGGCUGGUCCUGGAGCCCAGGGGCCUGUGAGGUAAAUCAAGUGCAACUGAUAAACAGGAAGCGCUGGAAUUGAAAAAUCUUGAAGCCAUCAUAGUAAAAGAUCAACUCAGGCAAGAAACAUCAGAGUGCUAAAUCUAAGGGGACAUUUCAAUGAGUAAGAUCUCCACAUGAUCACAGAGUGUCUACACAAACCAGUUAUUUGUUCUAAGAGGGGAAAUACCCAGUGGAGAAACCAGACAACACCUUGACCGGGUAAAAAUUUAUCAUCAAUGAGGGGCAGAAGGACAUACAUCUAAGUGACCCAUGAUGUGAUGUCCCAAGGAGGACACACCAUCACUUGGGUAGGAUUCUGGCCAAGAAUGCAUAAUUCAUGUAAUUCUGAGGAAAUAACAACCAAAUUAAAAAUGGGGCAUUCUCUGUUAAAUGAGUUGGAAGAACCUAUAUUCAGCAAAAAUAUCAAUGACAUAAAAAAUAAAAGUGAGUCAUGACAGAAACUUACCAUGUUCUGAUCUAGGCUGGAAGCUUCACUGGAUGGGAAGGACGCUGGGUUAAAGUGUCAAACUGAAGUGGAGCCUGUCCUACGGUGAUGUGAGAGGACACCCUUAUUUGUAGGAAGUAAGCAUUAACGUACUUAGGGGUGAAGGACUUUGAUGUAUGCAAUGUAUGUACUUCUCAAUGCCUCAGUUUUUUAUGGAGAGAAAAGGAGAGAAAGGAACACUGAUGAUAAAGCAAACAAGUUAAUCUGUAAAUAACAGGUGGAUCUGGGUAAAGCAUACAUAGAUUGUUUUUUUAACUUGCCACUUUCCUGGAAGUUUAAAUUAUUUCUCAAUAAAAUAUUUUUAACAAUACCUUCAAUGUAGAGAGCUCCCUGGUGGUCCAGUGGUUAGGAAGGACCUGGCACUUGCACUGCCAGAGCCACAGGAUUCAAUUCCUGGUCAGGAAACUUAAGAUCCUGUAAGCCAUGUGGUGACGCCAAAAAUAAAUAAAAUGCUUCUAGUGUAUAUUAUAACAAGAAACGUCUUGGGUAUAAUCUAUCAGCUUUCACAGAAAGGUCCAGUUCAGUGUCUGUCAUUCAGUCUGGCAGGUCUUGAAAGAACCUGAACUUGGCUUUACUAUUCAAGUGACCUCAUUUAUACUGAGUCGCCCUUCUUUGGAUAGAAGAGAGAGAAUCCUUUGGUUCUUUGAUUCACUUCAUGAAUAAUCUAGGGGAAAAAAUACCUAAAUGUGACUUUGUGAGGUCGCUGUAAUGUAUCUGGGACAAGAUCAGUGUGAAACUGUCCGUUUUACAUCAAUUCUGUAUAGAGA